AUGUCCGACGACGCCACAAUUAAUUCAAGCACUGAAGUGGAUGCAAAGGUUACCGAGAAUGAAAAUCAGGGGGAUGUGUACCGAAGUGUACCCAAUUUCCAGCAAAUAUCACUACUACAUGAGUCCAUAUUCAUUUUCUUCAUAUGUAUGUCGCAAUUAUUGACGCAAGCAGCAAAUGCCCAAACAAUGGUAAACUCAGUUGUGCUUGGCAAAGCGUUCAACGUAGCUGACAAUGCUGGUCAAAUUUCGUGGUUUUCCGCAGCUAUCUCAUUAACUGUUGGUACAUUCAUUUUGGUCAGUGGAAGACUAGGCGACUUGUACGGUUACAAAAAACUAUACAUUAUUGGAUACUUGUGGUUUGGGGUGUUUUCUCUACUAUGUGGCUUUACGGGGUUCACUACUUCCCACGUAUUUCUUUCAACCAUGAGGGGCCUACAAGGUAUUGGUCCUGCAAUAAUGAUGCCAAAUUCCCAAGCAUUGGUUGGCAACUUUUACCCAAAUGGUCGAAGAAAGAAUAUGUGUUUUGCGUUGUUCGGUGCCGUUGCUCCAUCUGGGUUCAUUAUUGGUGCUUUGUUUAGCGGGUUGUUUACUGAUGUUGUUUGGUGGCCCUGGACGUUUUGGCUUUGUGGGAUUGUCAGUAUUGCCUUGGCCAUAUUGGCAUUUUUUGUCAUUCCAGCAAAAGUAGGUAGCCGCUCACCGGGGAAAUUUGACUAUUGGGGUUCUAUAACUGGUGUAUCUGGCUUGAUAUUGAUCAACUUUGCAUUCAACCAAGGUCCCACUGUAGGUUGGGAAAAGGUUUACGUGUACGUGUUGCUAAUUGUGGGGUUCUUACUUAUGGGUGCGUUUUUCUUCAUUGAAAAGAAAGUGGCAGACCCUUUGGUACCUCCGGAAGUAUUGCGUGGUGAUACCGGUUUUAUAUUAGCUUGUAUCAGUGCUGGGUGGUCAUGUUUUGGUGUUUGGUUGUACUAUCAAUUCAGAUGGGCUUUGUUGGUUGACAAACACAGUGAGGUGGUGGCAGCGGUGCAAAAUGUCCCUUGUGCACCAGUCGGUGUCAUUGCCGCAGUAGGAGUGGCAAUAUUACUAACAAAGAUACCUUCCGCUGUGGUGAUGUUUCUUUCAAUGCUUGCAUUUCUUGUUGGUUCAAUUCUUAUGGGCACUAGACCAGUGGGUCAAACAUUUUGGGCACAAAAAUUUGUCAGUUUGUUGAUACAACCAUUGGGAAUGGAUAUGUCGUUCCCAGCUGCUGUCAUAUUAUUGAGUGCAGCUCUUCCGAGACACCAACAAGGUAUAGCAGGCUCAUUAGUGUCAACAUUUGUAAAUUAUUCCAUUUCAAUCGGAUUGGGGUUUGCUGGUACCGUCGAAUAUUACACAACCAAGGAUAAGCCUCAGAAUUUUGACACUACAGUUUUAGGAUUUAGAAAUGCGUAUAGAAUGGGAAUGGGACUUGCUGGGUUUGGAGUUGUGGUUGCCGCAGUUUACAUGUUUAAACAGUUUCAACUGAGGAAAAGGGAAUUAGAGAGGAGAGAGUUUCUGGAGGAAAGGCUAGCACGGGGGCAGGAGCAGGAAAAGACAACCGAGAGCACGGUACCAGUAUAG